GCUGCUGGGAAACAACGAACUCGACAAACCGCCAUCUUUCUUUAUGGAGAGUUAGUAGGGCAAAUAACAACUACUUUUGCAUGAUUAUUUCCCCAAAAUAGACUCAUUGAAGUAAAUCCACUUGGUCAGUUAUUGCAAAUAAUAAGUUAAAGAGGAGCGGGUGGACCGGAAUUCCAGAUAUUGGGCAUAUAUCGGACACAAGACACAGUAGUUUGUUGUAGGCGCUCGACUAGUGGAGGUGGUCGACAUGGGCCGAUCUCGGAGUCGCAGCUCUUCCCGGUCAAAACACUCCAAAAGCAGCAAGCACAGCAAGAAGCGGAGCCGGUCGCGUUCCAAAGACCGGGAGAGGUCCAAGAAGCGGUCCAAGUCCCGAGAAUCGAAAAGGAACCGUCGCAGAGAAUCUCGUUCUCGUUCCCGGUCUACUACAGCUUCGUCCCGCAGAGAAAGAGCAGCCUCGCCGCCGGAGCGCAUCGACAUCUUCGGCAGGACGCUGAGCAAGAGAAAUGCUCUAGACGAGAAGGCGAGGAAGGAGGAAGAGGAAAGAAGGGCCGAAAUGGAAAGACAAAGGAAGAUCCGGCAGCAGGAGAUUGAGGAGAAGCUGAUCGAGGAGGAGACGGCGCGGCGGGUGGAGGAGCUGGUGGCCAAGCGGGUGGAGGAGGAGCUGGAGAAGCGCAAGGACGAGAUCGAGCGGGAGGUGCUGCGGCGCGUCGAGGAGGCCAAGCGCAUCAUGGAGCGGCAGCUGCUGGAGGAGCUGGAGAAACAACGGCAGGCGGAGUUGGCCGCACAGAAGGCCAGAGAGGAGGAAGAAAAAUCUAAGCGGGAGGAGCUGGAAAAAAUCCUGGAGGAGAAUAACCGCAAGAUCGCCGACGCUCAGGCCAGACUGGCCGAGGAGCAGUUGCGUAUUGUAGAGGAGCAGAGAAAGAUUCACGAGGAGCGCAUGAAGCUGGAGCAGGACCGUCAAAAGCAGCAAAAGGAGGAGCAGAAAAUCAUCCUCGGCAAGGGCAAGUCCCGGCCCAAGCUGUCCUUCUCCCUGAAGGCCACCGAAUGAGACUGCUCCCCCCCCCCCCCCCCCCCCCCCCCCCGCCGCGCCCCGCCCCUUCCCUCACGUGUCCCGCCCAGCCUUCGUCUCCAUCCGGCUCUCCCUCCUCAUCAUUCGGCCCCACUCCUCCUCCUCCUCCUCCUCCUCCGUGGAACGCUCGCUUCGUUUUGGAAGUGCUGAAGGAAGGCCGAGGAAAAGGGGGGGGUGACCCGCUGUGAGUCCCCGGUCCCUGUGAAAGGCCCACGUUGUCCCUCCCGGCCUGGAGGGGAAAGGCAGCUCUCCGCCCUUGCCCUUCCUCCUCCGCACCGCACAGAUGACUCUUAUUUGUGCUUUUUUCUUUCACCCCGGUUUCAUUUAAAUUUUUUUUUUAUUUUUGUUUGGGGAACUUGAACUUUUUGAUGUAGAAUGCUAUAACAUGUCCCCUUUGCCCCCCCCCUCCUGUAAGUCUUAACUCUGGUGUAACGGCGAGCGACUGUGUGCCCGUGCUCCUACAUGUCUUCACAGCCAGCAAACUGCAAUAGAACGCCAGUCCCUGACAUAGAAGAGUAUGCGUGACUUUUGUCUAGUUCCAGUCUACUGUAAAAGCUCAUGGGCAGCUUGGGAGUUGGCCUGUGGUUUUCCAGCUUUC